AUGAUGGAUCUCGGCUCUUUGUCAAUUGGAGAGGGACAUGAGCAGCGGUCCGCUAGGAGCACCAGUCCCGAUUCUGCAAACUCUCAAGUUACGUCCUUAGGCUCGCGUUCCGGUUCAACGCUGUCAUAUGAUGAGUAUUUGAAGCUGGCUACGGAUACGAGCGCUAGUAUACUACUUGAGCUUGAAAUGAAUGGAAUAAUCAGAUACGUGAGUCCGAUUUGGCAUGACAUAGUGGGCACCGACACAAGCGAUGUUGUCGGUAAAGCUAUUUCCGACAUUCUUGUUGGCAGUGACCAGGACCGUAACGUAUUUCAAAGAGCAGUUGACUUGAUGCUUAGAGAGGAUUGUAGUUAUAGGGUUCGAUUCCUAGUCGAGUCCGGAAACCAAAAUCAGAGCGAAAACGUCAUCGAAGCCGACUCUGAAUCAACUGACAUAGCUGCAAGAGACGAAAAAGGUAUUAUAGAAUUAGAAGCACAGGGCAUAGUGAUUUCUGAAAGCUCAAAAAAUCUGCCUACGCACUCAAUGUGGAUUGUUAAACCCUUUUGCGAGAUGGGUGCUCUGGAUAAUCUUCCGCUUGAGCUAGUAAAGAGGCUUGGAUUUGGCGCCACAAUCUUUUCCCAGUAUUUGACUCAGGUUGAAAGCUCUAUGGUAACUGACGAAGCUGACUUACCCACUCCUAAAAAUGAACUCUGCAGAGUUUGCGAGUCUCCGGUUCCGGCGUGGUGGCUCGAAACGCACUCCGAAUCAUGCAUAGUUGAACAUAAGAUAGAAAGUAUGGUGCAACUUCUUCACGACAAAUUAGUGGAACGAAAGCUAUUUCUGGAAGAAAUGUUCGCUUCUCUUGAAGCAAACGAUGGGCGCAUCACGAACUACAAAGGCUUGCCCUUACCGAAACCUGAAGAAGGGAUACUAGCUACAAGUGAGGGCAAUUCAAUUCCCCAUGGUUCUCAAUCGCCUCUUGACAUUUUCAAAAAGUCUUCAAACGCUAGAAAAAACUCGAGCUCAAUAUUUCAGAGCCUGAGUUUCCCCUUCAAAGAGUUAGCCGGACUUUUAGAACUUUGCGAUGGUGCAAUCAACACAAAUACAAGCGAGCUCAGAGGAACAAGCAGUGCAAAUCCCCUGGAAAACGAAAGUAUAAACUUAUUUUACGAGUUCUCUCCUGCCACUCAAAGGAAUAUAGAGCAAGUGGUCAAGUGGAACUCUCAAUCAGACAGCAAAAAUCCAGCAGUGAAUCUUCUCAAGUCUGACACUAUGUUUUUGGCUUCUCAAAAAAUUGAAUACUUAUUUCGACUGGAUAACGCCAUGCGAUAUUCCCUCAAGAUCAAGAAUGAGAUUGAUAACUACGUUUUGCAAAUUAUCCGCGAAAGAAUAGAGCGAAAUCGCCUCAACAGCAUCAGCGACACCGAGGUUUUUCGGCCUAUGACGAAGUCUCCCGUCUGCGUUACCGUCAACGGGAGUGAAAAUGUUCCAGGAGGUAAAAUUGCCUCGCCACAGCCCCAAAAGCCACAAGGUGAAAUAUUUUCUGAUGCUUACGUUGGUACAGACGAAAUACCGCGAGAUACUUUGGGGCACACAGCUAGAAAUUCGAGUGCUAUGAGUGAUAGCUGUUCGAAUUCAAGGCCACUAUCUCGCUCUGUUACGCCCAAGCAGACUCUGGCGGAGCAUGAUAAAACUCACGAGGAAACAAGACAAGAAGAUGCAGAGAUGUUUAAGUCGGCAACAGGUACCCCUAAACUCGUGCUUCCUGAGCCAAAUGUGCAUCCUAAACUAAGCAAUAUACACGAGUUCACUCCAAGAAGAGACUCGCUAGCAUCUUCUGCGGGUUUUAACACACCUUUAUCCUCUCUUCAGAGAAAUUUUGUCUCAAGGCCUCUUAACCAGAGCUUUGACCGCUCGCCAGUAACCUCCCCUUAUGCUGCAUCAUCUGAUUAUUUGACUCCAGAAACGCACACUGCUCUAGUACCAAAACAGCCGCUGUCCCCCCUUCUCUUGGCUACUAAUCAGGCGAAACCAAGUACACCGAGCAUUAAAGAUUAUGAUAUCAUCAAGCCAAUUAGCAAAGGUGCAUACGGCAGCGUUUUUCUAGCGAAAAGGAAAAUUACAGGCGAAUACUUCGCUAUCAAGGUCUUGAAAAAGUCGGAUAUGAUCGCGAAGAACCAGGUUACCAAUGUUAAAUCAGAGAGAGCCAUUAUGAUGGUUCAAAGCAACAAGCCAUAUGUCGCUAGACUGUUUGCGACAUUCCAAAACAGAGGCAACCUCUUUUUGGUCAUGGAAUAUCUGAGUGGAGGCGACCUCGGGACUCUCAUCAAGAUGAUGGGAAGCCUUCCUGAUAAGUGGGCCAAACAGUACAUCAGCGAAGUUAUUUAUGGAGUUGCUGAUAUGCAUGAAAGCGGAAUUAUUCACCACGAUCUCAAACCUGACAAUUUGCUGAUUGACCGCCGAGGCCAUCUUAAGCUCACCGACUUUGGGCUCUCCAGGAUGGGGCUGGUAACUAGACAUACGGGUGUUAAUCAAAAAGGGCGUUUGCUAACCAAUAGCCGGAAGGGAAGUGCGACUUCAGAGGAGAUAAACCUCGGAGGCUCUUUCAAGUGGCAACUAAAAUCCGACUCGCCUUCUUUAGCUAACGCGUUUGAUAACGUGGGAUCUAAGGCCGAGCGAUCAAAUUCUAAUUCCAGCUCUCAAUCAAUGGUCGACGCACCUCCCUUGCACAAGUCAGGCUCUCAACUCUCUUUCUCGAUGACAGAUAUCUCGAGAGACAACACUCCACCACCAUGCUCUCUGCAUAGACACACGAAUUCUAGUGUUUCAGAAAACUGGGAAAACAGUCCAACGCCAGAUUAUGCUUUGUACAAUCCAGAUGAUUCAAGAACUGAGAAGAAAUUUUUUGGCACUCCAGAUUAUCUUGCUCCUGAAACUAUCAAGGGAACGGGAGAAACUGAUUGUUCUGACUGGUGGUCAGUAGGGUGCAUGCUGUUUGAAUUCUUUUUCGGAUAUCCACCGUUUCAUGCACCUACGGUUGAAGAAGUUUUUAGCAACAUCCUCGCAGGAAAGAUCGAUUGGCCAGAAUUCCCUGACGCAGAAACUGAAAAAGAGUACAUCCCACCGGAAGCUAAAGACCUCGUCGAGAAGCUCUUAGUUGUUGACCCGAACAAGAGAUUGGGGGCCAAUGGUGCUCAAGAAAUUUUCGAUCAUCCUUACUUCCAGGAUGUCAACUUUGUACAGCUCUACGAAGAGGAUGGCUCAUUCGUGCCGGAAGUUGCUCAUCCUGAAAGCACUGACUAUUUUGAUCUCCGUGGUGCCCAACUUGAGGAUUUCAGCGAAUCAGAUCAAGAGCACCCUAGAGCAAAUGACUUGAUUGAGCACAGUUCCGAAAGAGCGCCAAAGAGAACCAACAGUGAGCGUAGUAGCCAAUCUAGUACGCCUGUCCAGAAGCUUACCAUAGGUUCCGUUUUGGAGCCUCCACAGGAAAGUGGCAGCAACCAUAGUUCGCCAACUACCAAAUACAUUCCCUUAGCGAUCCCUCCACACUUAAGAGAGAGAAGGGUGAGUAAACUAAACGAGGUUCAAACUGAGUUUGGGUCUUUUAACUUCAGAAAUUUGCCAGCCUUAGACAAAGCUAACAAAGACGCGAUAAAUCGGCUCAAGAGCGAGCAUCUUGCUGAACAUGCACAUCAUCACCUCCAUCACCAUCGCGGCCUAAGUGGCUCUAGCUCGUCAUCCGACACUUCGAGCAAAUUACGGUACGCCAAGCCUUCUCAAGGCGCGCAACCCCCUGGCACUCCAGCGCUCUCUCUUAAGGCUUCCACUUCACCAGGAUCGUCAAAAAACCAUUCUCCCUGCAGAAGAGAUAGCGUUGAUAACGCAAUGGUAUCCAGGCGUAGUGCUCCUUCCGCUGUGGAAGUUAGCCCAAACUCGCUUUCUCCGAAUCAUGACGAGGGCGACUCGCCAUCCCCAGCCUUUCGUUUCAAAUCCCCGCUUUCGCCGCAAGCUGCUUCAUCGAGAGCGAGACUUCAUUCUAGGACAUCCUCUAUGAGGUCCAGUUUGGGCGAUUUUGCCGUCGACGAGGGCGAGAGGUUAAAAGCUCUAUCAAGGGCCAACAGUACACGUGGGCGAAGGAGAAGCGGCCGUGAGAGCUCAUCUGGCAUCAGUGACAUUGCAUACAAUAUGGAUGUGCUGGUUUGCGAACCGAUUCCGAUCCAUAGAUUCAAGCUUACAAGAGACUUGGAGAGUUUGGGGUGCUCCGUUGUGAGCGUUUCUAUGGGCGAUGAGAUGGUAAGAAGAGCCACUAGUGACGUUAAAUUCGAUCUUAUUUUCACGGCGCUAAAACUGCCUAAACUUGGCGCAAUAGACAUUGUGAAGCUUUUACGGAAUACCAACAGUGUCAACUCUACUACUUCCAUAAUUGCAGUCACUGCCUACUUCCAAGAAGCACAGCAGGCCUGCGCUUUUGAUGAAGUCUUGGAGCGGCCAGUCAGUGUGCAACAACUCCGGUCGCUGCUGUUGAAGUACUCGCUCAAGAAAAGCCAGGAAUCAGAAGAAAACAGUAUCAGCGACGCGGAGCAUGAAGUUAUUUAA